AUUCUUUAUCGGCCGUCUCUCAUCACUUCGCGCGAAACGGAUGCUGCUGGUUGGCCUGGUAGUAGGAAGUAAACAUAACAAAACUCUGAAAAUGGUGUCUAAUUCAUUAUUACCAACAAUUACCAAAAGUAGAAAACCUAGAGACCAUUGACCUUUGAAGAAAUUGCUGAUAAAGACCAAAAGAUCAUCACACUUGAGACAAAAGCAAGAACAAUGGCAGAAAAUUAUCAAGAUGAUGACCAAUAUCCCAGAGAAGAACAGACACCAGACAUAAUGUUAGUGUACAGUGAUGACCAAGGUCCGAUGUCAACAUUAAAAUGCAUGAAUGAGCUUCGCAAACAUCGUCAAAACAUAGACUUGAUUUUGUCGGUGGGUAACCAAGAGAUCCCAGCCCAUCGCGCCGUUUUGUCAUGUACGAGUCCAUAUAUUGCUGAGUGGUGUCGCCGACAGCAUAGUGAUGGAUUAUUGAUGCAUAGUCUGGAAGGUGUUGACGCUAGUGCCGUUGAGCUGCUUGUCAACUAUUCCUAUGUUUCUAAACUUGAGGUUCCACACAAUCAGGUGAAAGAAAUAUACAAGGCGUCUCGAUAUCUUGAGGUUUCACGUGUGCGGUCUGCGUGUAAGGAGCACAUAGUCAGCUAUCUGAGUGCAAAGAAUUGCUUAGGAAUGCGAUUAUUCGCUGAAGAGCAGAAAGAUAAAGAUUUAAUGGCAACUAUCGACUCAUUUAUUCUGAAGAACAUUGAAGACAUCACAUUAAGUAAUGAAUUCCAUCAGUUGCCACGGUUGCAGAUUGAGGUUAUUGCAAUGAAAGAACUUGCUUUUGUAAGUGAUCGUGUGAUCUUUGAAAUGGCCCUUGAUUGGACGAGGAGGACCGUUAGACAUGGUUCUGACAUAGACACGCUUAUGCAAUCGGUAUGUGCUUUAUAAUGUCUUUUUGAGUGA